UUUAAAGUAUCACCCCAAAUAAUAUCAGAGAUAAUUCCAGAAGUAUGCAGCUCAAUAAUUGAAGUACUGAAGGAUGUUAUUAAGCUUCCUGCUACUGCGACUGAGUGGAGAAUAAUUAGUCGGCAUUUCGAGGAACUGUGAAUUUCCCACACUGCAUUGGUACUAUUGAUGGGAAACACGUAACAAUUCAGUCACCAAUCAACAGUGGAUCCGAAUUCUUCAAUUAUAAGAAAUACUUCAGUAUUGUACUCAUGGCGCUGGUUGACGCUGAGUAUUGUUUUAUGUUCGCUGAUUGUGGCUGUCAAGGAAGACUGAGUGAUGGUGCAGUUUUUAAAAACACUGUACUCUACAACAAAAUAAAAAGUAAGAGUUUGAAUUUACCUAACGAUGAGCCGCUACCAGGGAGACAAAAACUGAUGCCGUAUGUAUUUCUUGGUGAUGAUGCAUUUGCUUUAAGUAAGCGACUCAUGAAGCCAUUUCCAGGUAGCCAUGAACAAGGUAGCAAACCCCGCAUUUUUAAUUACCGUCUAUCACGAGCCCGAAGAAUAGUAGAGAAUACGUUCGGAAUAAUGGCUAGUGUUUUCCGUGUACUAAGGAAGCCAAUGCUACUACAACCUGACAAAGUGGCACUAGUUACUAUGACCUGUGUUAUUCUGCAUAAUUUUUUAAGAAGAAGCAGGACAUCACGAUCGAUGUACACUCCAGCGGGAACCUUUGAUUCUGAAGAUAAUGGUAUGGUUACAGGAGGGUCGUGGAGGGAAGAUACCCGCUGA